CACUUGUUUACCCCACGAAAAUGUGCCAGAAAGGGAAGAGCAAGCAUGAUGACCGUCCUCAACUACUUCACGUUCAAAUCCCGGCGUGGCUCUCUUCGCACUCUCGCUCAUCCCUCUGUUCCUCUCAGACUUCAAAUCUUCAUUGCCCUGAGGCCGAUACAAUUAGCUGGGAAGAUUGGGCCAAAUGGAUCACCAAGAUGCUCCAGCCUCGUCGAUGUUACCUCCUCCUAAGCGCGUUGAGACAGUACGGUACAAGAAAGAAGAAUGGGAUCAGAAUCGACCCAUUAUUGAGGGCAUGUAUACAUUAAAAGGAAUGAACCUAAAAGCUAUUGCGGCUGUCCUAAAGGAGGAGCGAGAUUUUGUCGUCAAUGGGAGACAACUGAAACGGAAGAUUAAAGAUUAGAAAUCGGAGAAAAAGGUAAAAGGGGAUGAGAUGAAGAUCGUGG